ACACAAAGUUUAAAACAAUCCUUUCCAAUAAAGAAGAUGUCUUAAGCUCUACUUACACAUUAAGAAAAGCAAGCUUCCAAAUUAACCCAUCUCCAUCAUUAUGUGGCCUGUUUGGUUUCAAAGCUUGUGAAAAUUGCAGAAUAAGUAUAAACUGCAUUUACAAUUUACUGCAUUUACAAUUGUUACAAGUUUCUAAAUAAUAAGGGGUUAUGAAAUGUUUAUGAAAAAAUGUAGUGGGCUUGAUACUGCAAGACAACAGUUGCCCAGUUAGCAUUACCCAAAAAGUACUUAAAAUGGCACUGGUGGCCUAGGAGUCAUCACACAGGUUGAAAUGAGCACGUCCCUGAUUCUUACAGGAAGGUGGAAUUUAACAGGGCAGGUCAGACAAGUCUUCCACAGAGAUCUCCCUGGCUUGAGGUCCUCUUGUAAGAUGUGGUAAGGCAGGUGUUUCGGUAACAUCUUACUGUUCUGUUCUAUAUAUACUGAGAUUAUUUGGUUCUUUAAAAAUUGUGUUGAGAUUUUCUGAGUGUUGCUUAUGCCCGUUUCAGAUUUAACCUACCCUGCUGCCAGGUUAAGGUCAGGCCUGGUCUGAGCAGGCUCAGGCUCAGCUGGAGAGCAGGUGAGCUCCAGAGCAGGGGCUGAGGUGCCCUCAGCAAGCGAUGGCAUGGUGGUGGAAGGCACUAGUUAGCAUGACAUCCUCCUAGAGAGCAUUUCUAAACUAGCUCAGCAAAGACUUCCCUUUUGUCUGGAUGCAAACUACUGAAUACACCAAUACAAAAAAGAUGCUAAACCUAUCCUUGAGUUACUCAAACACAUAGGGAUGAUGUAACUCCAAAUCUACUGAUAUAACUCCCAAUCUACUGCCCAUCCAUGUCUGGGGAGGAGAGUGUCCCAAAACUAUUUACAGAAGACAUCCCCAAAGCAGUUCGAUUUUGAAAAAAACCUCACAAUCUUUUUCCUUCAUCUUGAUCCUUUGUAUCCCACUAGAGUAUAUUUGUAUCAAUAAACAUUCAAAAGGCAGUUGAAAAUUAAAUUUUGAUUUUCUUUGCAAUGUGUGAUCUGAAAAAAAAAAGUAGGAUAAAAACUUAAGUCUUUCAUGUAAUCAUCUGACUUGAGCAGAUCUUGUGAAAACAUCAGAUAUCAUGAGAUGCCUGAUAGAUUAAGUAAUGGCUCCGUGGACACAGGGCUGUAAGUCAAAGCAUCUUUUACAAACACAGAAAAGUGCUUUUCUGUUGUCAAAUUAUCAGUGUAGCCAUUCAACUACCAUGACUCAGACCUCCAGCAGUCAAGAAAUUUGCUUAGAUUACAAAGAUUAGAAAAAAAACAAAACAACCCACCAACAAAAAAGACUAAUGAAGCCAUGCACCAUCCCCAUCUUUAACAGUACUUUGAACAGGGCAAAAGUGGAUUUUGACUGGGAAAGCCCUAAGCACAGGGAAGGUGGUACAAGGGGGCACUUAACACCCUCUCAUUGCUCUAUGGCCUGUUAUCUUUGGAACGGUCAGUCCACAGGAGAGUUUAACAAGUUCUCAAGGAAUUCCUGCAGUCCCUACAAAUCUCGGGGACACCGGUGAGUCUCUCCGGUGGGAUGCGGAUCCCCACGGCGGGGCAGGCGCGGGGCCAGCCAGGCUCGGGCUCCGGCCUAGGUCCGGGCGGCCCGCGGGGUUCCCGCAGCGGGCAGGAGCUCGGGGGUCCCGAAGAACUCCCGGGCCCGUUCCCUCCGGCACCAGCGUGCUGAGCUCCCGGGCUGUGCGAGAGGUCCGUGCCCGUGUGCGGGACGCUGGAGUGAGGAGGGCCGGGGACCCGGGGCCAGCGCGGCCGCGGCUCAGGGGGGCUCCCUCAGUGGCAGCCGGGGCGGCCCCUCGGCCGAGCCGGGCUCCGCCGCCGCUCCCGCAGCCCGCCCGGCGGGAGGCGUCACCGCCCGCUUGAACCGGAACCGGUUCGCGGGGGCCGCCCGGGGCGGCUGCUGCUGCCGCCGCCGCUGCUGCUGCUGCGGUGUCGCUGCCGCGGAGGGCCGCCGGGGGGAACCGCCGGCGAGUGCAGCCGCAGGGCGCCGCAGCCGCCGCCUCCUCCCCCGCCGCCGCUCCCUCUUGUCGCCGCUGCCGCCCAUGGCUUCCCGCCACCCCCGCUGACCGGCCGCCCCUCGCCUCCUCCCGAGCCGGGCCGGGCCAGGCCGGGGCCGGGCAGAGAAGAUGGGGAACACCACGUCCUGCUGCGUCUCCUCCAGCCCCAAGCUGCGCCGGAAUGCCCACUCUCGGCUGGAGUCCUACCGCCCCGAGGCCGAGCUGAGCCGGGAGGACACGGGCUGCAACCUGCAGCACAUCAGCGACCGGGAGAACAUCGACGAUUUGAACAUGGAAUUCAACCCAUCAGAUCAUCCACGGGCCAGUACGAUAUUUCUCAGUAAAUCACAAACAGAUGGAGGAAAAUUAUUGAGAGAAAAACGCAAGAGUCUCUAUAUAAACCACCAUCCUCCUGGGCAGUUGAGAAGGAAGUACAGUUCCUGUUCCACUAUUUUCCUGGAUGACAGCACGGUCAGUCAACCAAACCUCAAGUAUACCAUCAAAUGUGUAGCUCUUGCAAUAUAUUACCACAUCAAAAACAGGGACACAGACGGAAGAAUGCUCUUAGAUAUUUUUGAUGAAAACCUUCAUCCCCUUUCGAAAUCCGAAGUGCCACCAGACUACGACAAACAUGACCCGGAGCAGAAACAGAUUUACCGCUUUGUCCGGACGUUGUUCAGUGCUGCUCAACUGACUGCUGAAUGUGCCAUUGUCACCCUGGUAUAUCUUGAAAGACUCUUAACUUAUGCAGAGAUAGAUAUUUGUCCAGCAAACUGGAAGCGAAUAGUACUGGGGGCAAUUCUACUGGCAUCCAAAGUUUGGGACGACCAGGCAGUGUGGAACGUGGAUUACUGCCAGAUCCUGAAGGAUAUCACAGUCGAAGACAUGAAUGAGCUGGAACGCCAGUUUCUUGAGCUGUUACAGUUCAAUAUUAAUGUUCCCUCCAGUGUUUAUGCCAAGUAUUAUUUUGAUUUGCGCUCCCUGGCAGAAGCAAAUAACCUGAGUUUUCCCUUGGAGCCCCUCAGCCGGGACAGGGCAUAUAAACUUGAGGCCAUUUCUCGCCUGUGUGAAGAUAAGUACAAGGACUUCAGGAAAGCUGCAAAGAAGCGGUCGGUCAGUGCUGACAAUCUGACUGUGGUUAGAUGGUCCCCUGCAAUUAUCUCCUAACAGGAGACUGGAAUAUUCCUAUGGACGUACUGUUUCAUCCAUCCAUUUUUUUCAGAGUGGGCUGGGGGCGGGGGGAUAAAGAAAAAAAGACUUUUGAUUUUUUUAUUUUUAAAUCUGUCAAGCUGCCUUUACAGUGCCUCCCCAUUGUGUAGCACACGAGUGAAAUACCUAAUGGAAGGAGAAAUGGAGAAAUUGGUGUUCGGGAGAGAAGAUCGGCAACAAUUAUUUUCUCACUUCCACUAACAGCUUUACACUUCUAUGAGGAAACAGCAAAUCAGGUGCUUGGAAGAAGAAACAAAAAAAUGAAGUAGAGGCAGAAAAAUAUUUAAGAACUCUGCCAUUUUCUAUUGUACUCAUGAAGGGAAAUGGCAGCAUGAAAAAAAAACGUGUAGUCAGAUGACUGUGCGCUAGAGGAAUGACAUUGGGAGAGUUCCAUCUUAAAAGUUUCUCUUAAUAUCUUUUUUUGUUGAUGUUGUUGUUGUUGUUUUGCAUUCCUCAUUGCUGCUUCCCAGGAUAAAUUCUUCCCCUUGCACAGCAGGAAAUACAAAGUCUGUAUUUACAGUAGCACAAGCCCCUGAAUAAAUAGUGUUGGGUUUUUUCACUGCACUUUUCUCUGUAACCUGUCUUAUUAGCAUUAUUCUUCUUAAUUAUUAUGCAUAUGUUACAUUUCUUGUAUGCCUUUUAUUGUAUUUCAAAAGAGAGAACUUGACCAUAGUGCUGAACCAAAAGUGUGUACAGGGAUCAGAAGAUCUUCGUAAUUUCAUGAUGUGUUUUAUUUAUAGCAUACUUGGGUGCGUGUGCCUUCCUGAGUUCUUGGAAUCAUUUAUUUUUCCAUAAUAUAAAGAUACAGUUGUUAAAGUCUUGAGAUGAUGAUGAUGAUAAGACUUGGGCCAAAUCUCUGAAAUUUGCAACAGAUCUUGUGAUCCUUUUUGCAGAUUUUCAUAACAUUAGAAGUUUAGCAGAAUUCAUCCAUUUUGAAGGAGAUUUUUUUUUUAUGGCCUGACAAGUUCAUUCCUUCACCUCCAGGUCCAUUGUUGCAAGCAAUAUUCUCAAUUUUUAUAUGUUUACCUUAAAUCAAAGUGAGUCUGUUUGUAUAAAAUAAAAAAUAAUAAAAAAAAUUGUUCCAAUGAGAAGGCCUGUAGAAGAGCAGAAUGGAAAUCUUAAUAAGGUAUCUGUCACAAGGAGAUUUGAUUUGGAAGUUAAAAUACGAACCCUCAUGUUUUUCAGUGUAGGUGCUUAUAGAAAUUAAAAGUAACUGAACUGUGAAUAUGAUUUCCAACUCGGAUUAUUAAACUCCUCUGUUGUUAUUAUUAUUAUUUCACUCUUACUGUGGCUGUUCCCCCUUGGCAAUUGUAAGAACAAUACAAAAUAACUUCUCAGUAUAAACAUAUUUGCUUCAUAACACCGCAGAGUGAUUUCCCCCCCACCCCCUGUUUUUGUUUUUUUGCACAGUUUAGGAAGAUACAGCUGAAAGCUCUCAGUUCCCUGAAAUCUGUCCUUGUGACUGUCACUGAAGGGAAUGGCAGCAGAUGUCCCCGAUUCGUGCACUACUGUUGUAACCCACAAAGAUUCCGUGUUUGUUUUGUUAAGCCCUAUGGGCUUGUGGCUACCUGGGGGCCAGAGCUGCACUCCUGACUCCCAGGGCGAUGCUGGUCCAGGGCCUCCAGCAGGGAGGCACCCACAGGAUGGAGGCAGUGAAACCAAGCAGUUUCCUGUUAGCUUCCCAGUGUGAUUUGUUUUGUUUGAGACAUGAAGGCUUUGUCCAUAAAUUCUCCUGAUGUUCUUUGGGCCUUUAAAAUAAUCUAAUUCUCAUCACUUCUUGUUGUGCCAAUGCAUCAGAACUGUGAGUAUCCAAGUCCAUUUUUCCCUUGAACAUGGAAUGUAAGGCAAGUGUUUAUAACAAAUUACAGCAUUUGAAACCUCUUUACAGAUAGUAUCAAAAGGAACAUUUUCAGAGCAUUUGAAAGUCAUCCUUUAUAAGCAUAAAUUUAGGCUUUAAAAUAUGUAAAAUAUUUUGAUUUAUCAACACUUUGCUAAACUAUUUUCCAUUUAACUUGAUAUCAGGAAUAUUGGUUUUAUCCAUUUCUGGGUGAUAGAGAUAUGAACUUUGGAUUAUGUAAAGAUAUCAAUGCAUCUACUAUAAUUUUUGUGAAGUUUAUUAAACUACUUUAAAGAUUGUAUAGUCUAUUUAUUGUAUGUAUGUACAUACAGUCUGAUACUUUAAAAAGUGGAUUCCGUAAAACCUGGCUCAGUCUUGUUUAGACUAUUGAAUAUCGUUUUAGCCUUGUGCACUGGACUCUACCUCUGUAUAGGAGAAUUUUCCAUAUUCUUAAUUAGUACUGAUUCUGUGAUUAACUUGGUUAUGUUUCUUGCACUAAGAAUUAAAAAAAAAUCUGCUGUAAGUGUGGAUUUUUUCUUUAGUUUUACCAUAUGAAUCCUCUACAUUGAGAUGGAUGUUUCUUUCCCUCACGGUUAUAGAAUAAUUCUUUGCUUUUUCUUCUGGUUUGUUCCAGGGUUGCCAAAAAAUACAGUACCUGUCAGUAAAUCUGAAAAGUGUCUUUUGUUUGCAAGGUAUUCUAUACCAGGUAAUUAAAAACAAAUUAUUAUUUAGGCUUA